AGUAGGUCGUAGUGGGCCCAUGGGCUUGUUUCAGCCCAUAACUGUCCAAAAUGAUCCUCCACACUCUACCAGUCCACAGAUAUUGACAGAAACAGGAAAAUCGCAUGCUGUCCACCGCGUACUGUAGCAUAAACUGCUCCUUCAAAAACUCAAAGGGUUUCCGUUUUUUCCAUUGAAGCGUUUUUCGAGUCUAAGAGAAAAUGGCGAAUCCGAGAUGCUAUUUGGACAUAAGCCUUGGUGGAGAGCUUGAAGGAAGAAUGGUGAUUGAGCUUUACAAAGACAUUGUUCCUAAAACCGUUGAAAAUUUCAGGGCUCUUUGUACUGGUGAGAAAGGCAUUGGCCCUAACACCGGUGUUCCCCUCCAUUUCAAGGGUUCUUGCUUUCAUCAUGUCAUCAGAGGCUUUAUGUUACAAGGCGGGGACAUUUCUGCUGGAAACGGCAGUGGUGGGGAAUCAAUUUAUGGCUUGACAUUUGAAGAUGAAAAUUUUAAACUCAAACAUGAAAGAAAAGGGAUGCUUUCUAUGGCUAAUUCUGGUCCAAAUACAAAUGGGUCUCAAUUUUUCAUCACCGCUUCUCAAACACAUGUUCUAGAUGGAAAGAAUGUUGUAUUUGGACGAGUAAUCAGGGGUUUGGGGAUGAUUCGUGUAAUUGAACAUAUUAAAACAAGUGAAAAUGGUUUUCCUGAUCUUCCUGUGAUAAUAGAGGACUGUGGAGAAAUUCCAGAGGGUGCAGAUGAUGGCACAACUAACUUCUUUAAAGAUGGUGAUACUUACCCUGAUUGGCCAAUAGACCUUGACGUGAAACCAGACGAGGUUGCUUGGUGGAUAAAUGUUGUUGACUGUAUCAAAGCCUUUGGCAAUGAACAUUUCAAGAAGGAAGACUAUAAGAUGGCUAUCAGAAAGUACAGGAAGGCUGUUCGUUAUACCGACUUAUGCUGGGAAAAGGAAGACAUUGAUGAAGUAAAAAGCGAGUAUUUGAGGAAGACAAAGUCCCAGAUACUUGCAAAUAGUUCUGCCUGUAAACUGAAGUUAGGAGAUCUAACUGGAGCAUUGAUAGAUGCUAAUGAUGCAAUUUAUGAUGGAGAAGACAAUGUCAAAGCUUUUUACCGCCAAGGCCAGGUAUAUAUGGCAAUGAAUGCUAUAGAUGCAGCGGCUGAAAGUUUUAAGAAGGCCCUGCAGUUAGAGCCAAACAAUGGGGGGAUAAAGAAGGAGCUGGCUGCUGCAAUGAAGAAGAUUGCUUAUAAACUAGAGCAGGAGAAGAAGGGUUAUGCUAAAAUGUUUCAGUAAAAUUUCCAGUG